AAAGCUAAGAAAACCCAAGCCAAGAGUCAUGGUGGCCAAACCCAAGCUCUGCUACAUCCAUGGCCGGGGCAGGAUAGAGUCAAUCUGCUGGCUGCUGGCUGCAGCUGACGUGGAGUUUGAAGAAGAAUUUCUUGAAACUAGAGAACAAUAUGAGAAGUUGCAGAAGGAUGGAUGCCUGCUUUUCCGCCAGGUGCAUCUGGUUGAAAUUGACAGAAUGGUGCUGACACAGACAAGAGCUAUCCUCAGCUACCUUGCUGCUAAGUACAACUUGCAUGGGAGGGACCUGAAGGAGACACUCAGGAUCUACAUGUAUGCCGAUGGCAUCCUGAACCUUAUGAUGAUGGUGGCGCUGGCUGCGUUCUAACCCCCAGAGGAAAACCCGGCUUUAAUUGUGAAGAAAGCUAAAACCCGGCAUUUCCCCGUCUUUGAAAAGGCAUUUAAAACAAGAAUCAGCAACAUCCCUACAAUUAAGAAGUUCCUGCAGCCUGGGAGUCAGAAGAAGUGCCCCCCGGAUAGCCACUAUGUUGAAGUUGUCAGGAACAUUUUGCAGUUCUAAAGGCAGCAGGCUUUCAAUGGCAAAUUAAUAAACCAAUCGCAGCAUCGGCUUAUGUCGCCAAGCAACUGUAGAUUCUAGGAGUAAAGUGUAGAUUCUAGGAGUAAAGUGUCUGAAAAGAACAAAACCAUAUUGCCAUCUGCAGCAAAUGCCAAUUAAAUGCAAUAUAAAACCAUUUGGGGGCUUCCCUGGUGGCACAGUGGUUAAGAAUCCGCCUGCCGGGCUUCCCUGGUGGCGCAGUGGUUAAGAAUCUGCCUGCCAAUGCAGGGGACACGGGUUCGAGCCCUGGUCUGGGAAGAUCCCACAUGCCGCGGAGCAACUGGGCCUGUGAGCCACAACUACUAAGCCUGCGCGUCUGGAGCCUGUGCUCCGCAACAAGAGAGGCCGCGAUAGUGAGAGGCCCGCGCACCGCGAUGAAGAGUGGCCCCCGCUUGCCGCAACUAGAAAAAAAAAAGCUGUCGCACAGAAACGAAGACCUAACAGCCAUAAAUAAAUUAAUUAAUUAAUUUAAAAAAAGAAUCCGCCUGCCAACGCAGGGGACACGGGUUCGAUCCUGGCCCAGGAAGAUCCCACAUGCCGCGGAGCAGCUAAGCCCGUGCGCCACAGCUCCUGGGCCUGCACUCUAGAGCCCGUGAGCCUAGAGCCCGGGCUCUGCAACAAGAGAAGCCACUGCAAUGAGAAGCCCGUGCACCACAACGAAGAGUAGACCCUGCUCAGCGCAACUAGAGAAAGCCCGCGCGCAGCAACAAAGAC